AGCAGGUGGGGCCUGCACCGUCCUCCCAGCCCCAGGCUCUGACCAGAAGGGGUAGGUGCAGUGCCGUUUCCAACUGCUCUCCGGACACAGAACUCUAGCCAUGAAGGCCGCAAGCAUCUUCCUUCUCGGUGCCUUGGUCCUGCUGAGCCUAUCUGGUAACACUAGAGCUGACUUCCUGGGGAGAGAGGCUAACUGUAACAAAGAAAUGACUGGAUGUUCCAAGAUCUAUAAGCCUGUGUGUGGGACUGAUGGAAAUACUUAUUCUAAUGAAUGCAUGUUAUGUAUUGAAAAUCAGUUAUUAAUUACCAGAAUUCUAAAACAAAUAAUCAGUCCAUUCGAAGGUCCUACAGUAGCUCAGGCACCAGCUAAGAUGGAAACCUGCUGGCUUGGACAAUGACAUCAGGAGCAGAAGAACCAACAGUGAUUAGAAAUUGACUUCAGGAGUUUACUGCAACUCCCCACAGAUCUGUAAACCCCGUAAGGAUGGACAUUUUUCCCUUCUGUUGUAUCUCUACUGAUUGACAGUUCUCAAUAUCUAAUGGAUCGAUGAACUAGCGAAUGAAUAAAUGAAUGAAAGACAGAAAUGGGAAUAUAUCUCAAACCACUCAAUUUUAAAUAAAGCUGAU